AGAUUCGUUGUCGCCCACAAAGUGUUUUUGUUAUUCUUUAUCAGCGGCAUACGUGGUGUUUGCAUUUUAGAUAUUAUAUGUUGAAAUCACCUGAACAAGCAAGAUGAGCACGGAAACCCUCAAGCGCGAUGAAAUAUUGCUACUUUUCGAUGUGGAUGGUACACUCACAAUGCCCCGUUCUGUUGUGCAGCCGGAAUUCGAAGAUUUCCUCUACACAAAGGUGAAACCUCGGGCGACGAUUGGAAUUGUUGGUGGCUCUGAUCUGGAGAAAAUGUUCGAGCAACUCAGCGGCCAGAAGAUUCUUACGAAAUUCGAUUUUAUAUUCCCUGAGAACGGGCUGGUGCAAAUCGAAGGCGGCGCCGAAGUUGGCAAGCAAAACAUUAUAAAGCAUUUGGGGGAGCCAGUAUUAAAGCGCUUUAUAAACUUUGUUCUGCGAUACCUAUCCGAGCUGGAUGUGCCCAUUAAACGCGGUACGUUUAUAGAAUUCCGUAAUGGCAUGAUGAAUGUCUGCCCAAUCGGUCGUCAGUGCACGCGAGAGGAGAGGAACAUGUUUGCCCUACAUGACAACGAACACAAGAUCCGGGAAAAGAUGAUUACUACGCUUAAAAAGGAGUUUGCUGAUAUUGACCUAACGUACAGCAUAGGCGGACAAAUUAGUUUUGAUGUCUUUCCCCAUGGCUGGGACAAAACGUAUAGUCUGCGACACAUUGAAGCCCAUUACAAGUUCAAGGAAAUACAUUUCUUUGGUGACAAGACGGAGCCGGGUGGCAACGAUUAUGAAAUUUAUACCGAUCCACGUAUUAUUGGCCACAAGGUGGACACUCCAGACGAUACAAAGCGUAUACUUACAGAGAUUCUUAAACUUUAAUGCAUCUGCUGUUUGGUUAUAGUUUAAUCAAAAAUUGAUCAAUAUUCCAUUGUAAAUAUGUAAGCAAAAGUUAAAAUAUAAUGUUUUGAAAACCCA